AUGAGGAAAGCGGUGCAGGAGAACGAGCCAGCCGUCCUUUGGGAACGCCUCGCUCCUCCCAACACCAUGGGCCAGCUCAAGCCCGGAGAGCAAUCCAACAAGAUCAACGCAGUUCCUCGGUUGCUGCACCCGCCGGAGCUAAAUGGGCACAUCGCCAUCACUGACUCCAGCAACAGGUUUCCCACGACCUGUUCAAGCACGGACCAGGCAUUGUCAACUAAGGGCCACCGCCAACCCGACGUGCCCCCAAUAAAGGGAGUCCGCGGUUCUCUCUCCGUAGACGGGAUAGCCGCGCUUCACGCUGCCAUUAACGCGGAGGGAUGUGACCUGCUGGUCUGCGACCUGCCCGGAGCGGACUCCUUCACCUUGGACCACGCCCUGUCCAACAUCGACCUGCUGCUUCUGCCGGUGACCACAGCCCCCUACGACAUCCUGGUUACCGCCAACCUGGUACGGCAUGGCAUCGAUAAGGGCUGGAAUAUGGCGCUCCUGCCCAACAACCUGUCUUCGUCCAAAACACGGACACUUCAGAAGCUGGAGGUCCUUCAGCAAAUGGGCGUGGAAGUAGCGCCGGUGGGACUCAUACGACGGGUGUCAUACUGGGACGCCUCCGAAGUCUGGCCUGGGAGUAUGCGAAUACGCGCCCCGAAGUCCCGCUGCCGCUGA